AUGAAUAUUAAUCAGAUUAAUAUUGUUCCCACUAAAGAUGGUGCGAAAAACAUGCAAAGCAGUAUAGAUGCCUGUGCUAAAGUCUUAGAAAAUGAAAAACCAAAGCAAGAAGAAAUUUCUCCAAGCCAAAAUUGCUUAGUCUUUCCUAUGUCGUCAAACCAUAAAUCCGCAGCGGAUAUAAAUUAUAGUAGUACUUCUGAUGAUCAAAAAAGUGUGAAAGAUAUCGGUGAUAUCCCGAUUUUUGGUACAGUAGUUGGACUGGGGAAACAAUCAUUCGCUUCAGAUUCACAAAUCAACAGUGAUUUCGCUAAGAAUAACAGUAUAACUGACAAAUGUUCUAUCGUUUCCGUUACCGAUCCAGGUUGA